CCUAUUUUUUCAGACACCCUCGUCGUCCACGUUCACCCAGUUUAUUCCGCAACAACAUGACGUCGGCAGCGGACGCGUUGGCAGCAGCCAACGCAGCAACAGCAGCUAUCGUGGCUACCGACGCACGGAUCGACGCCAUUGAAGUCGGUCAGACGGCCAUUGCUACCCAAUUGGCCCAACUUUUGGCCAUCGUUCAAGCUGGUGGCGCCGGCGGCGGUGCUGGAGGUGGUGGCGCUGGCGGAGGCGGUGGCGCUGGCGGAGGCGGUAGCGCUAGUGGAGGCGGUGGCGCCGGUGGCGGCGGAGGUGGACCUUUGCUGCCCCCAUUACCCCCCCAAAGACGGCGACUGGAUCCAUCCGGAGUUGACAAACUUCACAGCGAUAUAUCUAUUCCGCUUUUGAAAUCAUGGAGGAAUCGGUGGAAUGAUUUUGUGGAACUAAGUCAGCUGGCUAGUUACCCUAUCACGGAACAGAUGGCAGCAUUCCGAAUGUCACUGGAUCCCACAAUGCAACAAGUGGUGGAGGUUGGACUAAACAUCACUCCGGCGACUAUAACCACUCCCGACCAAGUGCUCGACCGCAUCGCGGAUUAUAUUCGUGCUAAGCGGAAUGUUGCACUGGACCGCGUGGCGUUCGAAGAGCGGAAGCAGGGACCGUCAGAAUCAUUCGACGACUUCUUCAUCGGGUUGCGUCGGCUGGCGGACACAGCAGACUUGUGCGGAACAUGCACAGAAACGAGAUUGGUAACGCGCAUCAUUGCUGGAACCCGGGACACGGAAACGAAAAAGAAACUGCUGGCUCUUAGUCCGUUCCCAACCUUACAAGCCACGGUCAACAUUUGUCGGAGCGAAGAAUCGGCUCGGGCAAAUGAGCGCAUUCUCAGUGGGCAAUCCGGAGUGGCAGCCAUUUUGACGAAACAAGGUCAAUCAGACCGUCGCCCAUACAAAAAUGAGUGCGGAUCAUGCGGCCGGGCAUCUCAUGCUCCAGGAGAAAGCUGUCCUGCGGUCGGAAAGUCGUGCCAUCUAUGUGGAAGACCGGACCACUUCUCCCCGAAAUGUCCCAACCGGAAUAAGGAAAAAACCGGCACGAGCGGUGGCGCUAGUGGUGGUGCCAAAUCUAAGAUGGCGCAUAUCAUCAUUGGAAACAUCCAGGCCAACCAAAAACGCCGGGGGUCUCCUACUAUCUCCCUGGAAAUACUGGAAGAAGACGGCGCAGUAGAAGCACUGCUUACUAAUGCAAUUCCGGAUCCUGGCGCUGAAGUCAGUGUGUGCGGAAAGGACGUCAUGGAGGCCAUCGCGAUAUCCGAAAGUCAGUUGGCAGCUUCAUCGUUCGACUUGGUUAUGGCAGACCGCUCGUCGCCACUGUUGUCUAUUGGGCAGCGGGAUUUGACAGUUCGGUACAGUGAUCAAAGCGCUCGCAUCACGGUCGUGUUUUGCCCUGAGAUUAGUGGAAUGCUGCUAUGCCGAGUAGACUGUAUCAGUCUGAACAUUCUACAUCAGGAUUAUCCUAAACCAUUGGUGCCGAUAAAUUCUUUAAGGGCGACGAACGCUCCACUACAUCCGGGCGACGCGGUAGCCCCAUCUAGCGGUCCCUUUCUCCGUGGCGUUUACAUUCCGGUGGAGCCUAGUGCGGAACAGAUUUCUGUCGUCGAAUCGGCCAUCAUGGCAGAAUUUGAUGUAGUGUUCGACCAAGACGACGAGUUACGUCAGAUGGUUGGCCCAGACAUGGAGAUACAAAUACGCGAUGAUGCUGUCCCCUUCUACGUCAAUGGCGCGCGCCCGAUUGCGUUCGGCGACCGCGUCGAAGUCAAGAAUAAGUUGGACGAACUGGUCAAGAAGAAAGUGAUUGUGCCUGUCAGUGAGCCGUCGGAGUGGGCCGCACCGUUGGUAGUGAUCCGCGGUCCAGGCGGUAAGCUUCGGAUCUGUGUCGACCACACGCGCUUAAAUAAAUUCGUCAAACGGCCUACACACCCGACUCGCACGCCACGGGACGCAGUGGCCGAAAUCGACAGUGAAUGUCGCUUCUUCACUAGGUUCGACGCUGUGAACGGUUACUACCAAAUCCCCCUUCAUCCAUCCAGCCAGCACCUCACGAGGUUUAUGACUCCAUGGGGACGGUAUAAAUUCUUACGCGCAUCCAUGGGCCUAUGCAGCUCCGGCGAUGAGUACAACCGGCGGGCGGAUGCGGCAUUUGCAGCCAUGACCAACACCAUAAGAGUAGUGGACGAUUUGCUGCGCUUUGAUCGCUCGUUUCCAGCACAUGUCGCCGGCGUCUGCGCGAUCUUACAAGCCGCCCGUGUAGCUGGGAUUACGUUUAGUAAGGAAAAAUUUCGAUUCGCCAAACCCCGAAUUUCUUGGGUCGGCUACGACAUUCAACACGGCGGUAUCACGAUCGAGGAAGGAAAAUUGAAGGCACUAUCACGAACAGUUGGAUUCUCAACAGAAGUAGCUGCCGCAAAAGCCCCUCUCCGCCCUCUGCUCAGCACUCGCAACCCAUAUGUCUGGACGGCAGACCACGACCAGGCCUUCGAAGCAGUGAAGCUAGCCCUCGUCUCUCCUCCAGUGCUCGUUCACUUCGACCCGGAACGAGAACCUACAAUACAGGUCGACGCAUCGCGGAAAAACGGCAUGGGAUACGCCCUACUACAGCGCCACGGCGACUCAUGGCGGUUGGUGGAUGCCAACUCACGCUGGUGUACGGACACCGAAUCCCGAUAUGCCAUUGUGGAACUGGAGUUGGCCACCGUAGAAUGGGCUAUCCGGAAGUGCCGCCUGUACCUGUCGGGCCUACCUAACUUCACGUUGAUGGUCGACCAUCAAGCGCUGGUGGCGAUCCUAGACAAACAUACCCUCGACGCAAUCGACAAUCCAAAAAUCCAGCGACUUAAGGAGCGCUUGUCCCCAUAUUCUUUCACCACCGUGUGGCGCAGGGGCAAAGACCACGCAAUACCGGACGCACUUUCACGAGCACCCGUGAACGACCCGGCAGUGGACGAUGAAUGCGUUGGGACGGAACUGGCAUUCUCCGUGCGUCACGUAGUUAUCCAGAGCGUCAACGCGAUUAUCGAACCGGAAGACGACGCAGUUUCACCGAGUCAUCUGCCGGAUAACCUUCUCGACGAGUUACGCACGGGAGCAGCAGCCGAUCCUCAGUACCUUGACCUCAUCGCUGCAGUUGAAUCCGGAUUUCCUACGAAUCGUGCGCUCACUCCGACCCACAUCCGUCAAUUCUGGUCAAUUCGAGAUCAGCUGUCCACAGAUGGCGGUCUUGUUCUGUACGGCUCGCGCAUCGUUAUCCCUCUCGCAUCACGCCGUAAAAUCCUCACGAAAUUGCACGCGGCUCAUCAGGGGAUCGUGAGGACAAAACGGCGCGCACAACAGACCGUAUACUGGCCGGGAAUCACCAAUGACGUCACGAUGUUGGUGGAGCGCUGCGCCACCUGCCAGGAACGCUUGGCGAGCCAGGGCCAGGAACCGCUGUUGGCUGAUCCUAUGCCAACGGUGGCCGGUAGUGCAUCAGUGGAAGCAUGA